CCUCCCCGGCAGCCACAGCACAGCUAAUCACAGGUAAAGCGGAUUAAUGAGGUGUCGGGAGGCGAAGCUGCUUGUAGGCCGAGUCAGGCCGCCCUCCUGCGCCUCCCACACAUUCCCGCACUGCUCGCACUGGGACUGCGGCGCCUUUACCCGGGCUCUAACACCUCUCUGCCAUCUCUGUACUGCCCAUGUACUGGCCGGCUCUGCCGAAGCGCUCAUUCCCACCCCGCCAGAUGUGACAGGUGGGAGGGGACACAGCAGCUGCAGCCCGGGUGCCUGGAUAUACACGGGAGGGACAGCCAAGCGCCACUGAGGCUUCCAAUAGACAUUCACUGGAGGCUGGAACAUGGCGGAAGGGACAGCAAAGGCUUCUCCGCAGAGCCCCAAGGUGUCACCGGUGUCUCCAGUCAUGGACUGCUUUUUCAAAACUGACGAAAGGCAAAGGCUUGCAAAAGAAAGAAGGGAGGAAAAAGAGAAGUGCCUUGCUGUCAGAGAGCUACAGAUUCUGGAAAAAGAAAAAAGGGCCAAACUGCAGUAUGAAAAGCAGGUGGAAGAGCGCGGGAGGAGGCUGGUGGAGCAGCGAAUCAGAGAGGAGCAGAAGAAAGCCGCAGUGGAAGAGAAGAGGAAGCAGAAGAUCAAGGAGGAAGAAGAGCGCUUAGAGGCCAUGAUGCGUCGUGCCCAGGAACGCAGUCAGCAGCUGGAGCAGAAACAGAAGCGAUGGUCCUGGGGCGGGGCCCUUGUGGCAGGAGCCGGAAGAGAUGGUGAUUCAGAGUGCCCCCUUCCCCCUGAGCUAGCUUUAGCUGCCAACACCCUUCCUCCAGACUCUGUGACCUCUGCUGCUGCCGCUGCCGAUUCCUCCAAUGCCUGUGACAAACUUUCAUCCUCUACAAUGAGUCUACAAAGGCCAAUGGAGUCGCCAAUCAGUAAGAGGCUCUCUGCUUCCACAGCGGCAAUCACACAUUCCCCUGACAGAGCCCAUCGCAUGCACCUUAGCCCCAGUGAAAAUUUCAUUGUCUCUCGACUGUUGACUCCAACACAUUCCUCUUUAGCCAGGAGCAGGAGUAUGGCUGUGCUCAGUGAACCGUGUCACACACUGUCAGUCUUUCAUGUCUGUCCUCGUGUAGCACCUGCUAGUCCCCUUAAAUCUCCCUUCAAGUCUUCUCCUGUACGGAGUGCAGAUCGGCGAAAGACCCUUCCACCUGGGAAUGGGCCUGAUGGAGUUAAAACUGCCACCUCCCCAGACCCAGUACAGGCUGAAAAACUGAAGAAAGAAAAGAGGUCCACAACUCCUGUUCCUGCAACUGCAGGAGGUUCUGUUCUUCGUAGAUCUGAGUCACCAGCAACUCUUUCUAAGAGACCCUCCUCUCCAGCCACCUCAAAAACACUUCCAAAGUCAUUCUCUCCAGCGAAGGCAACAAAGCAGCACCCUGCUUCCCCUGUCAAGUUCCAAGCAACCCCUAACCUUGGCCAGGAGACACCCAAGAAGAAAACUGAGAAAGAACUAUUCAGCCCUAAGUCUGAAGAUGUGCCAGGAGCCGAUGCUAUAAAAUCAGAAAAAAGUGCCAGCUCUUCAGGAAAGACAGAGGCAGAAAGUACAGGAAGUACUGGAAAGAUCACUGCUGGCACAACUGAUGCUGAGGAAGCUGCAAAAAUCUUGGCAGAGAAGAGACGCCAAGCUCGCCUGCAGAAAGAGCAAGAGGAACAAGAGAGGCGUGAACGAGAGGAACUGGAAAGGCAAAAACUAGAAGAGGCUAGACAAAAAGCAGAGGAAGAAAGAAUCCGCUUGGCAGAGGAAGCAAGAAAGCUGGCUGAGAAGAGAAAGCAAGAAGAAGAAGCUGCUAAAAGUAAAGCAGAAGAAGAUGCUAAGCUGAAAGCUGAAGAAGAGAGGCUGCAGAAGGAAAAGCAGGAAAAGGAAAUGCAGGCCUAUUUGGAAAAACAGAAGGAAGAGGCUGAGGCGAAAGCUCGGGAAGUGGCUGAAGCCAUGAGAAUGGAGAGAGAGCAGAUCAUUCAGCAGAUUGAGCAGGAGCGCCUGGAGAGGAAGAAGAGAAUUGAUGAAAUCAUGAAAAGGACCAGAAAAAGUGAGACCCCAGAUAUCAAGAAGGAACAGUCAAAGCCGGAGAUUCCACCAUCUUUGAAUUUAGGAAAUACUACAAAAGCAGAUGAAAAUGUACAAGUCAAUGGGUUGUCCAGUUUUCAGGAGUCUAAACCUCCAGCUGCCCAAAGUCUAGAGAGCAGGCCUCAAGAAAUGUUCACUAAUGGCCUCAAACCAACCGCUGAGCUUUAUCCUUUGGAAGGAUAUGAUGCUAAAUGCAACAGCAUUGAUGAUUCUACUGAUGAAGUCCAAUCAAUGGAUGUGAGUCCAGUUUCUAAGGAAGAGCUUAUAUCUAUACCAGAGUUCUCGCCAGUGAAUGACCUUAUUCCCAGUAUGUCCUUGGGCCAAAACGGUACAAGUAAUUCCAGAGCCUUGGAGGAUCUUCUGGACUUCACUGGCCAAGCAACAUACUCCAAAAUAUCUAGCGAGAGCAUCAAUAUUGAUGACUGUAAUAGAAAUCUAAUCGAUGGAUUUAGUAGUCCGGGCCAAGAAUCAAAGCUUAAUUCAAUCUGCUGAUGUCAACUACAGUCAACAUAAUUAAGUUAACAGGGUUGGCGCUGUAACUUGGCAAAGGAGACGCUUUGAGCCAACUACGCUGCUGGCGCUAAGACAAUGAGCUGCUUCCGGCGGAUCUAGAACACUGGAUUUAUAAUAUCAGGGCUGAAACAUAAUUUGCAAGUCUCUUUGUAUAAUGUUGUUAUAGAGGUCUGCUUCAGCGCGGACUGAGCCUCAGCUGCGUACCAUUUUCACAUAGAAAUUUGUUUGGACUAGAAAAUGACCCUGUCUUUAUUAGCACAGCUAGUAGUGUAACACUGGAGUCCAUACAAGCCGGUUUUCAUUUCAGCUCCUAGAAUCUGCUCUUUAACAUAGUUUGGUGGUCACUGAAAGAAUCUAUUCUCUUUUUGUUUUGAUAAGGAAUGUAUGCUGAGCACUUUAAAUAGCAGGUACAACUGAGCCUGCUCCUUGCAACAUCAUCUAGAAAAAUACAAAUGAAAUGUGUGCGGUAUUAAUACAUUGAUAUGAGUUCUCUAAAUGGCAGUGUUGAUUUAUAGUUGCAAAGUGCCCGUCUGCUGAAGAACAGUCAUGGUUUGUGAUAAAGUUGAUCAAGGUAUCGGAAAACGAUUAUGCCCAGAGUGAGUGGAUAUAGUGGAACUAUGAGUAGCUUGGAUUGUAGAUGCUAAAGGACAGUUGUUAUGCCUACAAAGCUGAGUUAGAAGAAGCAACCUUAUUGGCUGUUGCUGAAUAAUAGCACAGUGCUUCCAACAAAUACAUUCUGUUUAAUGAAUAAAAUGCUUCUUGGUAAUUAGGUACUUCUGACCUAUGUCUUAAUUGGUCACGGCAGCCCUACUCUCAGUCACUAACUGUCCUUAGGUAGUCAAGGAAAAACUGUCAGUCGCAGCAGGGGCAUUGUGUUCUAACACAUAAUGGAUGACAGUUUGCAGACCAUAUAAAUGCAACUUCAUAUGAGAAGAAGCAGGUACUUCCCAUCGAUUGAGAUUUAAGUGCAGCCAACCCUGGGUGAUUGUCACCUGACAUAGCUGACUGAUGUGUCUGCCCAUAAGUACGCAAGAAAAACAUCACUGUGGGAGUUGCAUCAUGGCACUUGAUGCUGCUCAGGUGAAUCUUGAAAAGUGCCUGUCCAGCACUAAGUUCCCAGCAUAGGCUUGAAGGUAGCAUUCUUAUUGUAAUUCCACCAGUCCACAUCAUAUGACUUUUUAGUUCUUCCUGUGCAGCAAAAACAUGGGAUUUGCAGUUCUGCAACAGUUGCAAUGACUGGAACUUCAGAUCAGCUGGGCACCAGGAACUGAACUUUAUUUCAUACAUGCAGACUCUCCAUUUGGCUUAAAUUAAUAAAUCACUGCCAGAAAUUACAGUAAAUGGUGAUAUUAGAGAAAUGAUGGUCAUCUACAACACCCAGCAUCCCGCUAAAAGCCAAAGGGUGCUCGGAAUUGUAUUUAAAUUAUUGGGGGAGGAUGUCGUAUAUCUCUGUAAUAUAAGAAAUAUUUGGCUGAAUGCUUCAUUUAUGGCGUUCAGUUACUUGUAUGUAGUGCAGGGUGAGUACUCUGCUAGAUUUGGGGAGCUGUACUGAACUCUGGCAGCUUACUAGUAAAUGUCACUGCCUAGUAGCCUGAUGCACUGUAUAGAUCUGCUACUGAGUGGAGUGUACUCAGUGGGUAAAUAUGAAGUGCCAUACACUGUAAUGUUAGCAAGGUUAUCUGGUGAAUUAGAUCGUUGUUAUUUAUCUGUAUAUAUUCUGUUAUCAUUUUGUCAUGAUUUUAAAAGCUGUCAUUCUCUGUAAAAAGCUGAAACAAUAAACCAUUUGCUUAGGCAUCCAUUCCAUAAUGAUUAGGAUGUUGGCAUUGUUAUAUACCACUUGUUUGCCAUUCUCAUUGAUUUCCAGGCAAAAUAAGCAAUAAAGGGGAUGGUCAGUUCAUACCGGCUGCUAGUGCAAGCCCAAGUGAAAGAAGAAGGUGAAACUGGUUAUUUUUAAUUAUUAUUAUAAUUAAUUGCAUUUUUAAAACAUUCUAUGCAUUAUACAGAACAUGGACGCUUGGGAUUGUACUCUGGUGUCACAUUGUGCUAAGAAGCUUCCAAAGUCACCCCCUGCCCAUUUCCCUUUCACUUCCAUGGGAAAUUCCUGACAGGCCCAGUAUUGGUAUGUUUGUUGUUUUUAUCCCAAACUCAUAUCCGGGCUGAAAAGAGCCCAGUCCAGUAAUGUGUAAUUCCCAUUCAUGCCUAUAGAUGGCAGCAGGUGCCUAAGUCAGCUAAAUGUCCUGUAUGCUAUCAACCUUAAUUCUGAAAUGUUUUCUUUUUAAAGGGAAACUUGCCCCUGAAGAUGUAGUACUGAUUCUUUUUUUCCCUUUUAACAGACUAAAUGUGGCCAUACACAUUAGAUUGUACAUUUAAAUGCAAAGAUCUAAAACUAACAUUCAGACUUAAAUUGUAGGAUAAAGGAUAUUGCAAGGUACACAAUACAUGCGCAGAUGUUAUCAUUAUCCAACUGACAUUUUAUAAAGUGUCUGAUCGACUAAUUGACUGGUCGCCAUGGUAUGAAAAUUAUCAGGACAAUAAUUUGAAGUUCACACAUGGUCCAAAAAUUGUGUACGACUCCUGUUUCAUAUGACUAUAUCAGUGUGUGUAUGGCCAGCAUAACAGAUAUAUGUGGAAGUACAAAACUUUUUAAUGGAAACUGCCAUAGAAGUUUUCUAGACUUAAACUAGGACAUCUCUGUUACACAGCAACAUUUGUAUGUUUUUCCACCUGUGACAUGGGACAAAGUGAACAAAUUUGAGAAUCCAGCCUUCUGACCAGGAGAUGGAUCACAGUGGGAUUCAGCCUAGCUCUUUAUUACAUCAGUGUGUCAAUAUCCAGUCAUUUUUGGUCGUAUUGUAUGCGACUGCUAUCUGAU